AUGAUGGGGAGAGAAGAAUCCGCGAGCUACUUGUUAAUAAAGGUUUCAGUCUUUCGGACACGGGGGGAUCAGAGUAGAACCUUGUUAAACCAGAAGAAAUGUAAAUUAAAAAAGAAGAGUAUGGAAUUUUCAUGUGCUUGUUCUUCCUCAGAACCCAGUUUGCAAAAUGGGUUUUGUAGAAGGGAUUUGAUGCUUUUUGGUCUCACUUCUUCAUUAUCCACUGCCCUCCCGUCCUCAGGGAUACUUGCUGAGGAAGAUCCAAAGAUGGCUUCAAUGGUUGAUGAAAUAAAUGCUUAUACUUAUUCAUAUCCAGUGGAAUUGCCAUUUAAAAAGUUCCUCUUCCAAUGGGUGGAAUCCAGAAAGCCUGAACGCUAUUCAUCAGCUGCACCACUGUCCCCUGAUGCACGCCUGCGUAUUGUGUCCGAGCGUGUUGACCUUAUUGAUAACCUCAUCCUUUCUGUUUCGAUAGGUCCCCCGAAUUUUCAGUUCGUAAAAUCCAAAGACAAGAGUACCUGGGCUGCAAAAGAUGUGGCUGAUUCUGUUUUGUCUGACAAGUCUUCACUGCGAGUCACUUCAACUCAACGUUUGUCUGAGAGUUCAAUUCUUGAUGCCCAUGCUAAUGAAAUUGAUGGUGAGCCAUACUGGUUUUAUGAAUAUAUUGUACGGAAGUCACCCACCAAAACUGCUCAAGAAUCAAAUCUUUUCCGACACUACACUGCUUCAACAGCUGAACGAGAUGGAGGCACAACAUCCACAUCUUUUCUUGUUGAAAUCUUGAGCAUAUUCUGUGGUUACGAUUCUACUUUUGUUUUGAAAUUACAGUUCAACUCAAUCGCAGGUUAUUUGUACUCUCUAAGUGCUUCAACUCUAAGCAAGCAGUGGGACAAGAUGGGGCCUUACCUGAAGAAAACUGUGGCCUCAUUUCGCCUCCUCCCUCCCACACAAGACUAUGUGCCUCCAUACAAGGAUCCAUGGAGAUUUUGGUGA